GUGAUGUUAACAUGGUGAAAAAAAUCGUUCACUGUGUCUUCAGUCAUCUUGCUGCCUGUUGGACUGAACAACCAUUUCUAUGAUCAGCUUAAAGAGACUGCAAACUGCAUCUACAGAUAAAUAACUGCUCAUACAAACAUGAGAGACCGGCUGAAGCACCUCCAUCAGGCGCAGAUUGACUCUGAUGGUUUCACCACAGUGGAUCUGGACGAUUUCUCAGCACAUGAGGGAUCAGCAGCAUCAUCUACUGACCAGGACCUGGAUGGUGUCCUGCAGGAGGCCCAGGAAAUCCGUCUGGAGAUCCAGCAGAUCCAGAACGACAUCAGUGAGCUGAAAGAUGUGAACUACCAGGCACUGAACGAGAGCUCAUACCCUCUUGCUUCAAAGCGGGAUUCAAAUGCAAUCGGGGCAGAUAUCAAACGCAGGGGAGAGGCUGUGCUGCAGCGGCUGCACAUGAUGAACGCUCUCAUAAGGGAACUGGAAGACCAGCAUGGCAGCUCUGACCCCACAGCACGCAUUGCUCGAACACAGUACCAGUGUCUCAGCAAUGCCCUGCGGGAGGUGAUGUUCAGCUACAAUGACGCAGAGAUGGCCCACAGGGAUGCUUGUAAACGGCAGAUCCAGAGGCAGAUGGUGGUGGUGGGCAGGGAGGUCAGCGAGAAGGAGCUGGAGGAUAUGAUGGAGAGCGGGGAGCUGAACGUGUUCACUGCCCAGGUGGAGGGCAAAAUGGCACGCUCGGCUUUCCUGGAGAUCAAGAGCCGACACAAGGAGCUGCUGGAGCUGGAGAAGAGGAUCGAGGGGAUCCAGCAACUGUUCCUGGAUGUGGCUGUGCUCACGGAGGAGCAGGGUUUAGCCUUGGAAAACAUCCAGAAAAACGUCCAGAAUACUUGAGCGAUGGUUCAGCACGCUGUGUUUCAGCUGGACGGAGCCACUGCAUCUGAUAAAAACAACCCCUUUAAGAAGCUGUGUUGUGGCUGCUUUCCUUGUUAUAACAGUUAAAUCUGAUGAGGAGCAGAGACUGUAGACCUGGUUUACCUGUCUAUGUUGUAAAAACUAAAAGAACAACGCAUUAAGACUUUUUUUCAAUCAUCCGUCCCUCAGCUGUUUUGAUAUUGACAAUCUUUUGAUCAUUGUAAAAUAUCAUGAGACUCAAACUGAGAUGCACUGGUUCCAGGGUGCGGAUGGAUGUUAUGGGUGUGGGUUCAGGCACAAGGAGCACAGUUCACUAUCAGAACUAUCACUAGCACUGUCAGAAACAGACUUCAUGAGGGUGGCAUGAGGGCGUGACGUCCUCUAGUGGGACUUGUGCUCACAGCCCAGCACCAUGCAGCUCGAUUGGUAUUCACCAGACAACACCAGAAUUAGCAGGUCCGCCAUUGGUUCCCUGUUUUCUUCACAGAUGAGGGCAGGUUCAUACUGAGCACAUGUGACAGGCGUGAAAGAGUCUGGAGACGCCGUGUUGAACAUUAUGCUGCAUGUAACAUCACCCAGAAUGACCAGUUGGUGGUGGGUCAGUGAUGGUCUGUGGAGGCAUGUCCUUGGAGGGUGGCACAGACCUCCAUGUCAUAGCCAGCGGUACCCUGACUGCUGUUAAGUACUGGGAUGAAAUCCUCAGAGCGACUGUUAGACCUUACGCUGGUGCAGUGGGCCCUGAGUUCCUACUGGUGCAGUGGACCCUGGGUUUCUCCUGGUGCAGCGGGCCCUGGGUUCCUCCUAGUGCAGGAGCUCACUGAUGCCAUGAUGCAGGUCUGAGAGGAUAUCCCCCAGGACACUAUCCGUUGACUGAUCAGGAGCAUGCCCAGAUGUUGUUGGGAGUGCAUACAGGCACGUGGGGGCCGUACACACUACUGAGUCACAUUA